ACACACACACACACACACACACACACGUAUAUUUCAGAUUCCCCUCUUUUUAUUAGUCAGGCAAAUUGAGGCCAGUGCAGGCACAUAUUCUAGUACUUGUACGCGCUCACAUAUUGAUCGCCUCGUCCGAGAAUAUAAGGAUAUAUAUUCACGCUUCGUUAUGUUGUGCUUCAUAAGUAGGUCAGGUUUCUCGCCGAGCCAACGGUCAUUUCAGGUUCAAACAGUACAGGCACAUUUGUGCAAGGCAUCAACUACAUGCAACCACCUAUUUACCCGUGAAGCGAUGAAUUGACCCAUAUACCGAACCGCAAGUGGCCCCAUAUAUAAAACCAUAAAGAGAAAGAGGUGGUAUGCGAUAUCACAGAAAAUAUGAUGUGGACUGAAUGACUCAAAGCCAUGGCUAACAUAGCAGUGAUCGGGGCUGGAGUUGUCGGACUGUCCACCGCUGUUAACAUCAUAGAGAGCGUCCCAGACGCUAGGGUCACUAUCUAUGCUGACCGGUGGUCACCGGACACUGUCAGUGACGGAGCGGCUGGGUGCUUUGGACCCAAACUUGGGGGUCCUAUGUACCCCAUGGGCAUAGAAUUGGAGAGAUUUAAAACAUGGGGCAGGGAUUCAUUCAGGCACUACGACGCCGUGGCUCAUUCAGCAGACUCGUCAGAAGCCGGCGUCUUUGUCUUGUCCGGAUAUGAACUUUACAGCAAACCUGAGAACGUAUCCCCAUACAAUGCUACAGAAUUGAUGUAUAAUUACAGAGAACUCACCAAGGAAGAGAUGAAAAGGUUCCCUCCAAAGUACAAAGUUGGAUAUUUUGUCACCACGCUUAUGGCGGAGUGUCAACGCUACCUUCCGUGGCUUCUGAAACGUUUUAAGAGUAAAGGUGGUCACGUGGUACAACAGAGGGUAAAAACGUUGCAACAGUUCUGUGGUCCGUACGACCUGGUGGUCAACUGCACUGGUAUUGGGGCCAGAGAACUGCUGGGGGACACCGUCCUGAAACCCAUGAGAGGACAGGUCAUGCGCGUGAAGGCCCCGUGGAUUAGGCAUUACUACUUUACGGACAGUGACUGCUAUAUUUACCCUGGACAAGAUGCAGUUGUCUUGGGAGGAGUGAAACAAUACAAUGAAAAUAGCUUGGAGGUGAAUGAGAAAGACAAAGCUACGAUAUUGAAAAACUGCUUGGAGAUGGUCCCCUCUUUAAAGGACGCAGAGUUCAAGUAUGACUGGGUUGGUCUUAGGCCGUCGAGGAAACCAGUUCGGGUAGAAUUGGAGGAAAUGAAAUUUGGAGACGAUAUCUUAAAGGUCGUGCACAACUACGGGCACGGCGCUAGUGGGAUCGGCCUCAGUUGGGGUACUGCUGUGGAGGCGACACAAAUAGUGAUGAAGGCGUUACGGAAGUUCCCUGCAAGUAAACUGUAGCGGCGUUAUGCACACCUCAGAGCGACGUACAUCUAUGGAUUUUCCGAAGAACUUCUUUCUGCGAGAUAUUUCAAGAUCUUACUGUAUUAGCAAACUUAAUUCUCGCAAUGGGUUACAUGAAUAUUGAAUUUAAAUAGUGCCGUUUCUUGUUGUGAAUAGCAGUUUAUUGAAUAGUGAAUAGUGUUGUGAAUAGUGCUUAUUUAGCACUUUUAGUUUGCAACAAUAUUGCUGCAAUACUGCUGACGGGAUUGGUCUUAGUUGGGGCACUGCUGUGGAGGCGACACACCUGGUGAUGAAAGCAUUAGGGAAAUUUUCUACAAGUAAGCUGUAACAUUUCAAUCAGUGCGUUGGAAAACCCAUACAAUUUAAUUCGUCAUAACACUAUUUCAUGCUUUGUUCUUGUAAUCCAGAACAAGGUGAAAGGUUCUUCAAACUCUUGCCUACAAGUGUGCAAGCACGACGCUUGACACAAUCAUAAACACGGUAUCUGAGUGACUCUAUACUAUAGGACAGGCAUACCCAAUGUUAUAGCCAAAAAAACUGAAGUCACUCUAUACAAUCUGAAAUAUUAAGAAAAAACCUAGUCAGUGUUGGUGAUUCAUAAACAACAGCUUUUUCAACGCAAAUAUUCCAAAAAGAAAAAUCUUUAUACAAGGCUAUGUUGACACGACAACCAUCCAGUCAAAAUUUCACCAUUCUAUUCAACAAUACGUAUUGCUAUC